GUGCGCGUGUGAGUCACUUAAAAAGACCAAACCUAUUAGUUUGAUCGAAAGGAAACAAAAAAAGAAGAAGAAGAAGAGAUGCCGUCGGGGAAGUACUACUGCGAUUACUGCGAGAAGGAGUUUCAGGACACACAAGUCGCUAGAAAACGACAUCUUCAGAGCAAACCUCAUCUUCGAGCUAAAGCACUUUGGUACAGCUCUACCACCACCUCAGCUGUUAAUAAUCCACAAGUCUCCAGCUUUGCGUCGAGGGGUCUCUGCAAUCGUUUCGUUUCAUCGAACUUUUGCCCAUUUGGAGAUUCUUGCAGAUACUUGCAUCCUAACAACAUUCCAGGAAACACAGGAUACACCAAUAAUAGUAGCAAUACACAACUUCUUGCUGGCUUGCCUAACCAACACAUCCAAGGAAGUAGUUUAAACCGUGACUGUUUUAGUGGGAGAGCAGGAGGAACAGGUUGGUUCGAUCUGCCACCGUCGCUGAGACCGCCUCCGGAGCAAGGCUAUCCUCAACUUCCCUCCAUUGACUGGGGAUAGAACUCUCUUUCUUUCUCUGCAUAGUCAUAUGCUAAGAUGUAACUUUUGAUCUUUUAUACACAUUUAACAUUUUAAUUUUACCCCAUUUCUGAUAGAAAAAAGGUUGUUGAAUUUCA